AUGAGUGAUUUUCUUAAACUUGAGGAUUUGGUCAAAGAGUUGCAAAUUGACAUUGACAAAACAUUGGAGCCUGAGCUUGAUGCUCGUCAGUGUUGUAUUUAUAGGGUUCCUAAAGAUCUUCGUAGCGUAAAUGAAGAAGCUUACACUCCUCAAUUAGUUUCAAUAGGUCCUCUUCACCAUGGAAAAGAAGAAUUAGGUUUGGAAUUGAGGAGAUUAACACCCCAGGUGGUAGUUAAACAUUUAACCGAUUGGAGAAGAACUACUAUGCUGGAACACUACGAAAGAUCUAAGCAGAUGAAUGGAUGGAUUGAUGAUUUGCCUUGUGCAGUGCAGUUGCAUGAGUCAGGAGUGAAGUUUAAGUGUCUUGAAGGAGAACACAGCUUAAUUGACAUAAUAUUGGAAAAACGAAAGCAACGAAUCCCAUGUUUUGAAGUAUAUGAGUUACAACUACCACGUUUAGGUAUAUGUGAUGACAGUGAAAGUCUACUUAGAAACGUUAUGGCUUUGGAACAGUGUCAUUAUCCAAGGGAUGCUCAUGUUUGCAAUUACGUUAGACUAAUGGAUUAUCUUAUUAAUACUGAAAAAGAUGUGGAUUUGCUUGUUGGAAAUGGAAUUAUUUCCAAUCAGAUGGGCGACAAUGAUUCAAUAGCAAAUAUGUUUAACAGACUUUCUGUUUCUAUCAAUUUAAGCAAAUCCUCUUACUAUGACAUUUGUGUCAAACUCAAGCAACACUGUGACAAUCCAUGGAACAGAACAAAAUCAACUUUGAAAAGAGUAUAUUUCAACAAUCUUUGGAGAGGCACGGCAACUGUUGCGGCAGUUUUACUCCUACUGCUCACUAUCAUACAAACCAUGUGUUCUAUCUUGCAAGUUGUGUUUAUGUAA